GAGAGCCGAACAGCGUUUACCCGGAGCUACUGAGAUUCUGGACAUAAUGUUCUGGCCCACUAAGAAGAACAUCAAGACUGCCCUGGAGGUCUUCGCUCUUUUCCAGUGGGCCCUCAGUGUCUUGGUUAUAGUAACCACUGUGAUCCUUGUCAACCUCUACUUGGUGGUGUUCACAUCGUACUGGCUUGCCACUGUGUUGAUGCUCAUCUGGCUGGCUUUUGACUGGAAGACCCCUGAGCGAGGUGGCCGCCGGUUCACCUGUGUGAGGAGGUGGCGUCUGUGGAAACACUACUGCGAUUACUUCCCAAUCAAGAUCUUGAAGACACACGAUAUUUCCCCCAGCCACAACUACAUCCUUGCCUGCCAUCCUCAUGGGCUCAUGUCCCAUUCAUGCUUUGGCCACUUCGCCACUGAAACAUCAGGUUUCACCAAGACCUUUCCUGGUAUCACUCCUUAUAUGCUCACGCUGGGAGCCUUUUUCUGGGUGCCUUUCCUCAGAGACUAUGUAAUGUCUACAGGGGCGUGCUCUGUGAGCCAAGCCUCCAUGGACUUUCUGCUUACCCGCAAGGGCACAGGCAACAUGCUUGUCGUGGUGGUUGGUGGCCUGGCUGAGUGCAAACACAGCUUACCAGGCUCUACAACCCUGGUCUUGAAGAAGCGGUAUGGCUUUGUGCGCACGGCCCUUCGACAUGGGGUGUCUCUCAUCCCUGCUUAUGUCUUUGGAGAGACGGACCUCUAUGACCAGUAUAUUUUCACUCCCGGGGGCUUUAUCAAUCGCUUCCAGAAGUGGUUCCAGAAGAUGGUACACGUCUACCCCUGUGCUUUCUAUGGGCGUGGCUUUACCAAGAACUCCUGGGGCCUUCUGCCCUAUUCCCAGCCAGUAACUACUGUUGUCGGGGAACCUCUACCAAUGCCCAAGAUUGAGAAUCCGAGCCAGGAGAUUGUGGCCAAAUACCACACACUCUAUAUUGAUGCCCUACGCAAAUUGUUUGAUCAACAUAAGACCAAGUUUGGCAUCUCAGAGACCCAGGAGCUGGUGAUACUUUGAAACACAUUCCCCUGGCUGGCUGGUAUGGAUCUGUUGACAACGGCAAUGUUACCUAUGGAACUUCACUUCUGACUGGAGCAGUCCUCCCUGGAGGGAGAGGGGUGUGUCCAUUUGGUUGGUUUCUGUGACCACCGUUUCCACUUCCAUCUCUUUCUCCUAGGUUUUCCCUUUUCCCCCGAGACAGAGAAGACCCUAGGCAGAGGUUCACUGAA